UGAUAAUUUUGGUUGUUGGUUUCACAGAUGUCUCUGUUUCUUGGUAAUCUAUCUCCUCAUGUCCGACGAGAUGAACUUGAACGUGUUUUCCGGAGGUUUGGGCGUAGUAAUGUGCAUCUGAAAGAUGGAUAUGGUUUUGUCAUAUUUGAUGUUCCUUACAAUGCAGAAAAAGCUCUCAGAGCACUUCGAGGAAAAAAUAUUUGUGGGGAGCCAGUGUCUAUUACAUGGGCAAACAAACAGCCAAGGCCUUUUCAAAGAUUUGCACGAGGUACCAGGUCCUAUGAACCAAACCAUGGGAAGAAUUUCACAAGGGGAGACAGUUAUGGUAUGAGAAAGAAGGAUGUAAACAGGCGACCAGACUAUAAAAUUGGUGCCGAGCACCUAGAUAGUACCAGUGGUCUGCCACACAUGGUGGAUCCACUUGAGGAGGAAAUUGUUCAUCACCAGGAGCGUACUGGAAAUCACGGAGAAGAAAAAUGUCACAACUCCAAGGCAAGAUUGCCGGACGGAGGUGCUAGCAUUGCACCCAAUCUUGUGGAUAAUGACAGAUGGGGUGAACCUGCCAGUGUCCCAUUGAAUGAUAAUGGAGUCGAAAAUGGAACCAACUUUGAUCGUUAUGAACCUUACCAUGGGUUUGACAAAAGAGAUGAAGAAGAAAACCAACAAAUGAAUGGUUCUUAUGUAUCUCCUACUUGUGGAAUAUCUCAAGAGAAACAUUGGAAAGUGCAUAGUGGUGAAGCAACAUUGAAGCAACCUAAUACUCCAAAACCCCAACAAACCUGCUAUGGUUGUGGGUUAACUGGCCACAUAAUGCGUUACUGUCCCCAAGCAGAUACUUCUCAACAGGAGAGAUUUACCCAUUUUGAUCAUAGGAGAGAUGAUAGAAUUGGUUUUAGAGGUAGUGGUAAUGUGGAGUCAGAAAGACUGAGGCGUUCAUCGCAUCGAGGGCUGAAGUCGAGUAAAGAUCCUAUGAUGACGAGGCAGCAGAGGACUGACAGAGUGGCACAUGGUUCUGGAAAGUCUAGGAAAUUGGUUAGGAGGAAUGGAAGCUCUCCUGCAAAUAGGGAAACAUCCCGGUCUCAGCCUAGAAGGGAAAAUCAAGGUAGAAAGAGAAGUAGAGCGGAACCUGGAAGUCUGAAGAAACACCAUGGGAAAAAGUCAAGGAAGUCAGCUUCAUCUCCCAUGCAUUCAAAUUCAAUUACUUCCAGUUCUCGCUCACAUUCGUGGUCCUCAAAGUCUGUUUCUGGGAUCAGUUCCCGUUCUAGAUCAGGACCAGUUUCUAGAUCACGUUCAGUGUCAUCCUCUUCAACAUCAUCCUAUUCGCGGUCUGAAAGUUCUAGGUCCAGGUCAAGUUCUCCAUCUACCUUGUCUUUGUCCAUAUCACCUGGUCGGCCUUUACCAUCUUCCCCAAGUAAGGUACCAACGAAGGCAACUAGUGCUUCCUUGAAGGAAUUUCUGGAGAAUGUCCCUAGUUCCCAAUCCAAGCACCUUUCGGUUGAGCAAAAACAGCUACUGGAAAUUGAUGCAAGUUCAGAGAAUUCAAAACAAAAAGGUGCAAGUGUUGCAGUGAAAGAUGAGAAUACGUUAUUAUACUUAAAAGUAGAGGAUGAGAUGAAAAAGGAUAGUCAUGGGCAGCUGGACAACGAUAGCAACCAUACUAUUUCUAGGAUUCGGUGUGAGGUAACAAAUGUGGGCACAACUUCAUUGGAACAAUGUACUGCUGAUAAUUCAUCUUCGGAGAAAUCGACAGACGAGAGGGAACUUCAGAAAUUACAGCCACUAGAACAUAUAGAGUCACCAAGUGGAAAGAAAAAUCCUGAGUUUCUUGUUAAUUCACAGACUAACAAUUCCACAAGAAUAUCCUCAGAUGAGAUGUACAUGGUCUUGAAACACCAUGGAUCAACACUGCCAGAAAAAAGUGAAAUGCACUUGCCUAUGGAGGUUGUCUUUGGUUCGGCUCGGUUAUGGCCUUGGGAGAGCAUUUAUUACCGCCGACUAAAGAAGGGUCCAAUAACAACUGAGAAUUAUGCUCGACGGGUUGCUCAAAAUUUAGAAUUUGGUAUUGUGGAUAAGUAUGUCAGAAGCAGUAGUGGAUGGGGAGAAUGUGAUCAUAACAAUUCCUGAUUUGUUGCUCCAUUUGUGUGUGGACUUGGUCAAGGCCUGCAGAACCCCAACAUGUUUUCAUAGCUUUUCGUUGUAUGCUUUGUUGAGGUGUACCUCCAAUAUAAACAGGUAAUUCUCGGUAUAUAGUCUUGUCCAAUUCUAGUCCUCAUACUAAAAUUUUGGUUG